AUGUCUCAUUCUGAAAGUGAAAUUGGGAAAACUGCUUAUGUUGAUCAAUGCUAUGAUACUAAUAAACUCCGUAAAAUGGAUGACAAACCAGAUCGUCUUAGCGCCUUACCAGACCAUCUCCUCUUUCACAUCCUCUCAUCCUUUGAGAUGAAAGAUGUUAUACGAACUGGAGUUUUGUCUAAAAGGUGGCGCCUUUUGUGGACUUCAGCACACAACUUAUGUUUCAGCCACUCUCCUGAAUCGAAUCGUGAUGUAACUGAAUUUAUAAAAUCCACUGAUGAUACAUUGAUUCUCUCAAAGCCUAGUAAAUUGAAUGAAUUUGCGGUUGAGUUUCUUUACAGCAAUCGAUUUGUUGACCACGUUAAUAGAUGGAUGAUUUUUGUGAAGAUUAAGUCUGUUGAGGUAGUGGAUUUGAAUCUGCUGAGGAGACGGGGUUUAGAAGAGGGUUAUAGCUUACCCCAGCUUAUGUAUUCCAAUGUGUGUUUACGUAAAAUGAAGUUAUCCAAUUGUAAUCUUGUACCGAAGGAGGGGAUUUAUUGGACUGCUCUUAGGGUUUUAGCUCUUUGGUAUGCCAAAUUGAGCUUAGAAGUUGUUGAUGUCAUCUGUUCUGGAUGUCCUGGUUUGGAAUCUCUCAAGUUUUGUAUGUGUUUUGGGGUUCCUGCUUUUCACAUUAAUUCGAACAGUGUGAAGAAGUUGGUUAUCAGGGAAUACUGGCAACAAGAACAUGAAGAUAAUGAUGGCGAUGACGAUGCUGAUAAAGAGCUGACAAUCUGGGCUAGGAAUGUUACUUCGCUGGAGAUUAGUGCGUGUCUUUAUAAGAAAAUUCCUGUUCUUCAGAAUGUACAAGCUCUAGUCCAUGCUAAGCGAUAUUUCGGUAGGGAACAUGAAGACGAUGAAAGUGAUGUUAGGACUGACCAGAAAAUGUUAAAAGAUCUCCUUGUAUCUUUGGGUCAUGUUGAGAAACUCUCCAUUGGGCCAUGGUGCCUGCAGAAUAACUCGGGGUUUAAUGAGGACUCUAAUGACCUUACUGGAGAAAAUUACUGGAUAUCAAGACCUUGUUGGGGGCGGCGUCUCAAGACUUUAAGGAUUUAUGGGACCUGGAUAUAUGAGAGUUGUUAUUUUGACCAGAUCAUGCCAUUUCUGGAAGCUGUUCUGAAGAAUGGGAUAGUGCUUGAGAAAAUCAUCCUUACUCCCUUCAAGUAUGGAAUAUCGAUUUACCCCAUGCAGCAUGCUAGAGUUACACAGAAGUUGCUAAGCUUUCCCAGGUCUUCUGAGGAUGUUGUUAUUGUGUUCUCUUCUUUCUACUAA